UAAACCAGUUGGCAAGAUAGGAGAGGGAACAUUUUCUGAUGUUCUGAAGACACUGAGUCUUAGGGAUGGAAAGUACUAUGCAUGUAAACGCAUGAAGCAACGUUUUGAAAGUAUGGAACAAGUGAAUAAUCUGAGAGAAAUAAAAGCACUAAGGAGGCUGAGUCCGCAUCCUAAUAUCCUUAUGUUACAUGAAGUUGUUUUUGAUAAAAAAGCUGGCUCCCUUUCACUGAUAUGUGAACUUAUGGACAUGAAUAUUUAUGAGCUGAUAAAAGGAAGGAGAAAGCCAUUGCCUGAAAAAAAAAUUAAGAACUACAUGUACCAGUUAUGCAAAUCUCUUGAUUACAUACAUAGAAAUGGGAUAUUUCACAGAGAUGUGAAACCAGAAAAUAUAUUAAUAAAGCAGAAUACCCUGAAGUUAGGAGAUUUUGGAUCUUGUAGGAGUAUCUAUUCUAAGCAGCCACAUACAGAAUAUAUCUCUACGCGCUGGUACCGAGCACCUGAAUGCUUACUUACAAAUGGCUACUAUAGUUACAAAAUUGAUAUGUGGAGUGCUGGCUGUGUUUUCUAUGAAAUCACAAGUUUUCAACCUCUCUUUCCUGGAUCUAAUGAGCUGGACCAAAUUUCAAAAAUCCAUGAUGUUGUAGGCACUCCGGCUAACAAAACUCUCAACAAGUUCAAGCAGUCAACAAACACGAGUUUUGAUUUCCCCUUUAAAAAAGGAAAAGGAAUACCUCCUCUUGUGCACAAUUUGUCUUCCAAAGGCUUCUCUCUCCUGUAUGCAAUGAUAAAAUAUGAUCCUGAUGAGAGAAUUGCUGCCCAUCAAGCAUUACAGCACCCUUAUUUUCAAGAACUCUGGGCAGCUGAUACACAAGCUUUGGCCAUACACAAAAAUUUAAGAUUACUAGAAAAUACAGCAGGGCAAGUACCUCUGCGUUUGUGGGAAAUUUCAAAGGAAAGUCAAAGACAGCAUUCUCUUAGGAAAGUCCAGGAAAAAAGAAAACAACAUGGACCUCCUCGUGGAGAAUUACCAAAAUUAAAUCUUUCUGGAGUAGCCAAAUUGACUUCCUGUCCUUCUCCUACAUUGCAUUCAGUUUUCUGGGCACCUAAGGAAAGUGGCAAACCCUCCGAGUUACAGUCUGUUAGAUUUAUUGGAUCAAAUACAGAGUCUGAGAAACAGAAGGCACUUAAGUCUUCCCCAAAACCUUUCCACUUACCUGCUAUUGAACGAAGAGGAGGAGGAGGUUACUGACCACCUUGUAAAGAAUUCGGAGUGUGAGGAAAAGCACGACUAUGCAGUGAGAGAGCACCAAUCGUGCUCCUGUUGUCAGAGAUCUAGCAAGAACAGCA